AUGUUAGAUUAUUUUCCAAAAGAUAAACCAACAGACGAAAGGAAGAUUAGUUUCCUGUUGGAACGACAGUCACAAAGAAAGGUGGCAGGAAGGGGAAAGAAAUUAGAGGAGCAGCAGAAGGUUGUUGAUGAAAAGCUACAAAAAGAUGUCCAAACACCUAAAACAAAUUUUACUAAAUCAAACCACAUAGAAGAUUUCCUCUUCCCAUGUAAAGUCGCCACUUUGAGUGGAUCUUUUCCACUAGACACUGUUUUCAUCCUUCUUCUAAUUCACUCUUGUGGAGCUGAUUUGUUGGCAGCUCUCUCUGCAGUGAUUUGCCGCUUGUUCUCCAUCGAUGUCUUCGUUGACUUGGUGUUUGGGAUGACAACUAUUUAUUACAUGCAGAAGUGGAAGCGGGAGAGGGAAGUGUUGCUGGACACAAUUUUUGAGCUUCAAAGGCAGUUAAUGGAGAGGGAGCAGGACAAAAGAGAUGAAACUGCUACCCUGGUGGAGGUGAAGACUAAACUGAAGACCUGGAUGGAUCACCUUAGAAUUAUAGCCGAGGAGGCAGAGGCCAAAAUAGAAGAAAACAAACAGAAGCUUAAGUCAGUGGAGAUGGGAUAUACGGAGGAAGCGAAAUGUUUUGGCAAAUCCUGGACCGACACUGGACCAGUCUAAGAAAAACUGAUGAAGCCACUAAAACUUAGAUUUACCUACAUGCAGAGGCAGGACAUUUUUUUCUUGUACAAUGUUGCAGCAUGAAGAGCCCUAAAUGUGAAAAGAGAUUUAAGUUAAGAAUGAACAUUUGUAUAUAAAUGCUGAAUUACUCACUCUCUUGUUCAUUUUUUAUGAAAUAUUAUUUUUCCUUUUUCCAGCUAUGAA